UUGCAGUGGAAUUUCAGAGGGAACCAAACGAUUUUCGUUGAUGGGUUGCUUGUGGAUCUGAUGUGGGAUGUACAUGACUGGUUCUUUCACCCGGAGGCGACGACAGCGACGGCUCCUGCAGCGGCGGUGUUUAUGUUCCGGACGAGGAGUGGGCUGGACAGCAGGCUGUGGCCGGAGGAGAAAUUAGCGCAGAAGGAGAAAUCAGUUGCAGCAGCAACAACAGAGACUUGA